AGGGACAGAGAGCGCGCGCCUUACUCAUACUGAACAGUGAGCGCGAGAGACAGUGCGUGUGUGUGAGAGUGUGUGUGAGAGAGAGAGUGAGAGAGAGAGAGAGAGAGAGGAGACAGCGCGCGCCUGACCGACUCUGCUCUUUUAUACCGGCUAUUUUUGGGGCGUUUGAGCUCCAUCCUGAACGCCGCUUCCUCCGCUCGCACAAUUGGUCCAGCUGUGGUCUUUAUAAAGGAGGAGGGUUUUUACCUGGAGCACAAACCCGCUGCCAGCUCAGGACUCUGCAGCAGCUGCAGCUUUAUGGGACACAAAACCAACUCCGGAUCAGUCGUGUGUUAAAUCUUUUUUUUUUUCUUCGUUGUUUUUUUUUGACGAGGAGUUGUUGUUUUUUCUUGUUUUGAGUAUAACUUUGGGGAAAAUGGCUUUACCUGCAACCAUUUUGCCCUCAAUUGCAACCUUUGCCGGACAGAAAGAGAAACAGUGGGAAAAUAGGUGGAUGGAAGACGUGGAAAAGCCGCUGGCGUGCGCGCUCCCGAGCGUGGAUGCGGGCUGUCCCAUUAAGGACGACGAUGAGCUGAGCCGUUACGUGGAUCUGGACUUUAUUCUGUGUAACACACGCAUUCCGGACUGCGAGAUGGUUCAGACGGACUAUAAUCCAGCAGUGGACCACUGCAACCUGUACCAGACAGGGAGCGCGUACGUGCCGCCUCCACCACCCACAUAUUCCCAAAGCUUCGUUGGGGAACUGUUGCACUCCGAGCCGGACAACGCGUACGGCAUGAGCGCAUCGAGCAGCAGCACGAACACCGGGAUUCAGGGCAGGUUCGUGUUUAAUUCAGCGCCUUUUCAGAGACAGGACUUCGUCGAGGGGAUCAAGGCUGAGCCGUGCACGGAUGGCUACGGUCCCGUGCUGGGCAUGGUGCCACAGAGCUGCCAUCGCAUCAAGCAGGAGGGCAACGUGUCGUGCGCGAUGUCCUUUGAGCAGCCGAGGCUCGCCGUCUCUCCGCAGGCAGCGGGAAACAUGACGCCGCCGCUCAGCCCGGACGACCAGGCGCGUUGUCACACGCAGAUCUGUCGCUCUAGUUUCCCGCAGACCGCCUACUACUCAAACCAAGCGCCUCUACAACCACCACCACCACCACCACCGCAGCAGCAGCAGCCUCAGCACCAGCAUCAACAGGUGUACGCAUAUGCGGCCAUGUUCGACGACGGACUCGGCAUGGUGCAGCCCGGCGCCCCGCGCGCGCUCCUCACGCCGCCGUCCUCGCCGCUCGACCUGCUCGAGUCCAAGCCGAAGCGCGGCCGACGCACCUGGCCGAGGAAGCGCGCGGCCACGCACACCUGCACGUUCGCCGGAUGCGGCAAGACGUAUACAAAGAGCUCGCACCUCAAAGCGCAUCACCGAACUCACACCGGUGAGAAGCCAUACCACUGCAACUGGGAAGGCUGCGGCUGGAAGUUUGCCCGCUCCGACGAGCUCACACGUCACUUCCGCAAGCACACAGGCCACCGACCCUUCCAGUGCCACCUGUGAGCGCGCCUUCUCCCGCUCCGACCAUCUGGCAUUGCACAUGAAGAGGCACAUUUGAGGAAGAAAGAGAAAAAGAGAAAGAGAGAGAAGACAAACGGCAAAAACAAGCCAAAGCCUUAUUACUGCCUUAUUUAAAUCCUUUGUACAAGACCAAAAGACUUUUUAUUAUUGGGUCGAUAAAGAUUUCUAUUGUUCUUUACACUUUUGUAUAACAAAAAAGUAGCUGGUACUACGUGGGAUUUAUAGAGCAGGCAGUUCAUUGCUGCAGAAGUGUAUUGGGGACAACCUACAGGGCUGGUCCUAUAAUAUAUAAAAAAAUUCUCUAUAUAUCUCUAUAUAUAAGUAUGUUAAAACUGGAAACCGUGUGUACACAAGUUGAACACAGUGCCUUUAUAUGAAUGCAUUUUGCAUGCAUGCAGUGCUGCCAGGAUUGUGCAAAAACCUCAUGCGUGAUGACAAUGUUUUCCCUCUCGAAACUGCCUCCAAAUCGUCUGAAGGACCAAAACUGUGCGUUCACACUUUGAUACAUUCUCAGCCAUCUGUUGUUGGUUUUUUCUUUUUUUAAGAUAUUUUCUAGAUAUUGUAUCAUAAAGGUACAAUGACAUGUUCAAGCCCCUUGUACAUUAGCACACACACACACACACACCAGGGCUAGAUGCUCUGCAUUAUUAUUAAUUGUUUUUGGUCUUUUUUUAAAGAAUGUGUACAUAAGUUUUAUAUUGUAUUUAUUGUACAUAUUAAACUAAAUUUGAAUAUA